UUUUGCUGCUACUGAAGGCUAAUUAGUUUAGUAAUUACUAGUAAUUGCUAAAGGAAUCAACAGCAACAAAAAAUGGGCAUUCUUUUUACUCGGAUGUUCUCCUCUCUGUUUGGUAACACAGAAGCUCGAAUUCUCGUCCUUGGCCUCGACAAUGCUGGCAAAACUACUAUUCUCUAUCGGCUUCAGAUGGGUGAGGUAGUCUCUACAAUUCCAACGAUUGGGUUUAAUGUAGAAACUGUAGAAUACAACAACAUCAAGUUCCAAGUAUGGGAUUUGGGCGGCCAGACAAGCAUCAGGCCAUACUGGAGAUGCUAUUUCCCAAAUACACAAGCAAUAAUUUAUGUUGUUGAUUCAAGUGACACUGAUAGAAUUGGAAUAGCCAAAGAAGAAUUUCAUGCCAUUUUGGAGGAGGAUGAACUGAAAGGUGCAAUAGCCUUAAUUUUUGCAAACAAGCAGGAUCUGCCUGGUGCACUUGAUGCUGCUGCUGUGACUGAGGCUUUGGAAUUGCACAAAAUAAAAAAUCGUCAAUGGGCAAUUUUUAAAACUUGUGCAAUAAAGGGUGAAGGUCUCUUUGAGGGCUUGGACUGGUUAUGUAAUGCUCUCAAGUCAGGAGGUGGCUAAUUUUUUCAGAGAAAAUUUCAGAUCAAGGUUUACUAAAUGUACCUGAUCCUGAGCUAAUCAGUGUUACCACCAUUGACUGACUAGUAAUAGUUGGCAUGGGAUUUAGCUUCAUUUCCUCAUGGUAUUUUAUUACAGGUCGAGGUGUACAAUUUGAAUUUAAUAGAAUUUUGAUUGAUAGAUGGUUCUAAAUUUGGUUUGGAAAAAAGACUUGUUUACUUGAUCAGAACUAGGCCUCUCCUCUGGUCGUGGAAAGCUUGAUUACUACACUGAUGGGCUAUGCUCUGUAUCUUAAUUGCAGUUGAUCAGAUUUAAAGUUAAUGCACAGGAGGUUGAGUCUUGCCUCUUGUGCAUUCAUCAUCUGCGGCAGAAGCGAGAAUAAUCACUGAAAAGUGAAAAGAGAAGGUGAGGAUUGUAGUAGAGUUAGCCAACGUGAGGGAAGGAUUGCCUUUUGAACUAACAAAAUAUAAAAGUCAAACUCACAAAAAGUUGGAAUAGGAAAAAAAAAAAAAAUUACGUUUCAUGACCUCUGCAUGAUAUGACACCUCUACGGUAAGGUGUAGGUUAGAAAGAUGACAAAAACUGCGUUUCAUGACAUCUGCAUGAUAUAACACCUCUACAAUAGGGUGUAUAACUCCUCUACAGUAAGUUGUAGGUUAGAAAGAUGACUCCCUCUUUCUUUUUCUUCUUUUUUAUUAUUUUUCUGUAUUAUAAUUUACUUUAUGACCAGUUGCUCCAUGCUAGAGGGAAUUUUUCUCUUCAGUUUUAUUAGCAAACCAUCAUUGUUUAUUUAUUUAUUUAUUUAUUUUGCUUAUGUAAAUAAUAAUGAUUAAUCAAUUGAAUUUGAUUGGGACAAUUAAGGAUGGUUGCUGG